UAUCAAUGAGCUACACAGAGCGCUCAGUCGAUAAUCAACUGCUUUUAACCGGUUUAUAUCUGCAUGAUAAAAUAGUGGAUAUUGUGCUCACUUCUUGUACAUUCUUUUCAGAAAUCACGGGACUGCACAACAAUGGCCGUUCAACUGUACUACUUCCCCAUUCGAGGUCGCGGCCAGGCUAUCCGCUAUAUCUGCCUGGACAAUGACAUCGAGUUGGAGAAUGUGAACAUCGGAGCCGAGUGGGCGACCAAGUACAAACCUCUGAUGCCGUUCGGUCAGGUUCCAGUGAUUGAAGACGGCGGGGUGAAGGUCGCACAGUCCUGUGCCAUUCUCAGAUAUCUGGGAAAGAAAGCAGGUCUGAAGGAGCCUAGUGACCCGCUGGUGGCGGCCAGGGUGGACAUGAUCAACGACCAGGGGGAGGACAUCCGGGGCGCCUACGUCCGCAUGAUCUACGGCAACUAUGAGACAGGCAAGGAUGACUUGAUCAAGGACGCGAAGGCCAAGACCCAGUUCAUCGAGACGCUGAUGUCCGGAUGGGGGAGCGACUUCAUCACCGACACGAUUUCUUUUGCGGACUACAAUCUGUUUGAUCUUCUCGACAUCCUGUGCGUGCUAUCCCCGGGGUUCCUCGACGAGUUCCCCACCCUGCAGGCCUACUUCGACCGCAUCGCCGCCCGCCCCAACAUAAAGAAACACCGUCACUCCGACGAAUUCAAGGCAUGGCCUGUAAACGGAAACGGCAAGCAGUAACAACUUACGGUGUAGCGGCCAGCCGUCUUCAGCGGUGGCGAUGGUGAUCUAAGAUCACAAUCCGUCAAAUUUGACUCUAAAUUCUCAGUGGAGCAAAGAGAGUGUUGUUUAUUGGAAGGCAUAAUGAGAAUUAUACAUUUACAUACAUGUGUGUUAUGAAUUUUUUUCGUUUUAAUCGGGGAACAGUCUUUUUUAUUUAGCUUUGUUUUGUUUACAAUGGAAGUGUUAUUGCAUUGAAAAUAAUCAACACGUUUGUAUAAUCUUAGCAUGUUUCAACUUAUGAAAUAAAGAAGUCGAAACUUC